UGACAGUCUGCAGGUGCGGGUGAUGAUGAUGGUGUGAGGAUCCGCCGGUCGAACCGAUUCACCGGACAGACUUGUGAAUACUAGGUAAUAAACAGACUGUCAUCUUGACAUAAUAUGACGGAGUUUCAUCGCAGAUCCUCAGCCGGUACCGGAGGCUCUCCGCCCGGGAUCAGCCGCUCCAGCGCCGCGGGUGGAGGUGGAGGAAAAGGCGGAUUAUCUCAGCCGGCUGGAUGGCGGUGUCUGCUGUCCUUCACCAUCCUUUCCCUGGCGUGUGUGUGUGGAUUCAUCUCCAGGCUGUUCGCGGUGAUCCGCUUCGAGAGCCUCAUUCAUGAGUUUGAUCCGUGGUUUAAUUACAGAUCCACCCAUCAUCUGACCACCAAUGGUUUCUACGAGUUCCUCAACUGGUUUGAUGAGAGAGCCUGGUAUCCUCUGGGUCGAAUCGUUGGAGGAACGGUCUAUCCUGGUCUGAUGGUGACUGCAGGUCUGAUUCACUACAUCUUGAACCUCGUCCAUCUGACCGUCCACAUCCGGGAUGUCUGCGUGUUCCUGGCACCCGUCUUCAGUGCUCUGACGGCCGUCGCCACCUUCUUGCUGACGCGGGAGCUGUGGAGUCAGGGGGCGGGGCUUCUGUCCGCCUGCUUCAUGGCCGUCGUGCCCGGAUACAUCUCACGCUCGGUGGCCGGAUCCUUUGAUAAUGAGGCCGUCGCCAUAUUCGCCCUGCAGUUCACCUACUUCCUGUGGGUGAAGUCGAUCAAAACUGGAUCAGUGUUCUGGACUGUGGGAUGUUGCCUCUCUUAUUUCUAUAUGGUGUCGGCGUGGGGCGGUUACGUCUUCAUCAUUAAUCUGAUUCCUCUUCACGUGUUCGUUCUGCUGUUGAUGCGCCGCUUCAGUAAGAGAGUUUACAUCGCGUACAGCACGUUCUACAUCAUUGGUCUGAUUCUGUCUAUGCAGAUUCCUUUUGUUGGGUUUCAGCCAAUCAGAACCAGCGAACACAUGGCAGCGGCUGGUGUGUUCAUGCUCGUGCAGCUCUACUCUUUCCUGCAGUUCCUGCAAGACAGACUGACGCGGCAGGACAAACAGACUCUGUUUUCUGUCUGCGUUUGUGUCGCUGCGCUGCUGCUGUUUGUGUGUGUCGUGUACCUCAGCUGCAUCGGUUGGAUCGCUCCGUGGAGCGGACGCUUUUAUUCACUCUGGGACACGGGCUAUGCUAAGAUUCAUAUUCCGAUCAUCGCGUCCGUAUCAGAGCAUCAGCCGACCACCUGGGUUUCCUUCUUCUUUGAUCUUCACAUCCUGGUCUGCACCUUCCCAGCAGGCCUGUGGUUCUGCAUCAGAAACAUCAACGCCGAGCGCGUGUUCGUGGUUCUGUAUGGCAUCAGCGCGGUGUAUUUCGCCGGUGUGAUGGUGCGGCUGAUGCUGACUCUGACGCCUGUGGUGUGCGUUCUGUCGGCCGUGUGUUUCUCCAGUGUGUUUGAACGCUAUCUGAGCGACGAGCUCAAGCAGGACGAUCCUCCGGCUGAAGACGCCGUUGACGAGGAUGACAGGAGGAACUCUGGGAGUCUCUAUGAUAAGUGGCUCAUCCGUCCUCCUGUGUGUUUCAGCUCGCGCCGCAUCCUGGAUGAUUUCAGAGAGGCGUACUAUUGGUUGCGGCUCAACACCGACCAACACGCGCGCGUUAUGAGCUGGUGGGAUUAUGGGUAUCAGAUUGCAGGCAUGGCCAACAGAACCACGCUAGUGGACAACAACACCUGGAACAACAGCCACAUCGCACUGGUGGGCAAAGCCAUGGCGUCCAAUGAGAGUGUGGCGUAUGACAUCAUGAGGCUGCUGGACGUGGACUAUGUGCUGAUCAUCUUCGGAGGGGUGAUCGGAUACUCGGGCGACGACAUCAACAAGUUCCUGUGGAUGGUGAGGAUCGCCGAGGGAGAACAUCCCAGAGACGUGCGGGAGAGCGAUUUCUUCACGCCGCUGGGAGAGUUCAGGGUGGAUAAAGCCGCGUCUCCAGCGCUGCUCAACUCGCUGAUGUAUAAGAUGUCCUACCAUCGCUUUGGAGAAAUGCAGCUGGACUUCAGAACUCCUCCAGGAUUCGACCGAACGCGAAACGCCGAGAUCGGAAACAAGGACGUGAGGCUGAGGCACCUGGAGGAAGCGUUUACCUCCGAGCACUGGCUCGUCCGGAUCUAUAAAGUCAAAGAUCUGGACAACCGGCAGCCGCUGGAGCGCAAACCUCGAGUCACCAGCGGCGAUCACAAUCACACACACAAACACACACACUAUCACUCCUCCAGGAAGGGCACCAGGAGGAAACGAGGAUUCAUUAAAAACAAACUUGUUCUGAAGAAAGGCAGAAGAUUGAACCGGAAACUGAAGCGAACUGGACUAGACUGAACAGAACCGGAUCAGUGAAGAUGAAGACUGACUGUUUGAUUUCAGCUGGUGCCCUGAUGCUCUAACGCUGGUUAUUAUCUUUAUAUCACUGCUUCAUCCUUGAAUAUGUGUUAUGUGAUAUGACUGAGAAUGACAGAGUGAAGUCUAACAACAACUUUUUAGACAUUUAAGAUUAAAUCUGAAGGAGGAUGAAGAUAUUAAACCAAAGAGCUCAUGUUCUCCUCAUAUGAAACAGUUACACAAAAAUAUUGGGGCCUAAAAUUUAAGACUUAA